AUGAGUGGGCAAAGAGCUCAGAAUGCAAUUGGUGUUGUGAGGGCCAUGUUGGGUCUACUGCCUGGACAGAUGAAUUCGACAUUCAACAUUUAUAACUUCAACACGUCAGCUUCGUCUAUUCUCCCCGGCAAGCGGAGCGUCCCAUACGACACGGCCAAUGUUGCCAAUGCUCUAAAUCAGCUCAAGACAACCGCCCAUGGUGGUACCGACAUUGAUAAGGCUCUCAAGACUGUCUUUAGCGAGCGAAACGCCUCCAAUCCUCGAUGCUCCGUCAUCGUCAUCACUGACGGCCUUGACUGGGGAGUCACUGCCGCCACGAAGACAGUUCAAGAGAAUGUUGCCAACGCCGCUGCAAAAUCUAAACUCUUGCGGGUUUUCGUCUCGGGCCUAGGAGAUGAUGUCUCCCGAGGCAUGUGUGAAGCUUUGGCAACGACUAAAGGUUCCAGUGGUAGGGACCAAGGAGGCGGUCGCCGACAACCCAACCAAAGUGAACUUGGUCCCAGAGCCAAAGGCAGCAACCUUCGACCCACAAGCGCACUUCAACAGGCCCCCAAACCUGGGACUAUGUUCUGGGCCAUUCGCAGCUAUUGGUAUGCUAUCAUCAGCGGUACAUUCAAGCCCGACUUCCAGGCCAAGAUAGUGUAUGAGGUUCCUGGUAUGCACACUGGCCCCAUAACGAAAGAGGUUUCAUAUACCUUUUCAACACCCUCCAACACUUCAACACCCUCCAACCGUGUCAUCCAUACUCUUGCUGCACGAGCCCUGAUCCAGACGUUUGAAGACAAAGCUCUUUCGACCACCGAUCCUGAUGAGAAGUAUGCGAACGAAGCUGAAAUUAUCAGGCUUGGCAAGACCUACAGUUUGGCCAGUACGCAGACAUCCUUCGUUGCCACCAUGAACGGAACAGGUAUUCGUACAAACGUUGCUGGCAAUGCCCCUGCUAGUAGCCAGCGUCUAUUGUCAAGCGUCUCCCUCAGCAAUCAAUCUGAUCUUGGGUUCGUAGCCACCCAAGCCCCGUCUGGAGGAGCAUCAGUUGGAAGUUACUCCUUGGCAUCGGGAACAAGUAACAGAUCUUUGGCGCAACCCAGAAUGAUGAGGAUGGCCAUAAGCAGCAACACCUUUGAAGAUCCACAAGACAACCAAGAUUCUCCAGAAGAGGACGAUUAUGACGAGGACGGAAAUGCUGCCGGAGAUAACCUUUCUCUGCUUAUUGAUGCUCAGGAGGGUAACGGUCUGUUUGAUUCAACUGUUGUCGAAGCCAAUGUCUUUCCAAGCACCGGCAUCCCAGAAAUCCCAGCCUUCAUCACAACACUCCAAGGCCGGCAGAAUAUCAAGGAGCAAAUCUGGCUUGCGAUCUGCGUCAUUGCCUUCUUCCAGAAGAAACACAGUGACCGCAGAAAUGAAUGGUCUGCUGUUAAAUCUAAAGCUGAGAAGUUUGUGAAGACGACAUUGUGCUGUAUUUUUGGCCUUGAUUCCGGCCAGGGUGAUAGUAUUUUUGACAAUUCUCUGGAUGACGCAGAAGGUUACUUUUAUUGA